AAUCAAUGAAACAUCAUUCAGGACACUAGUUGUUCAAGAUGAUGGGUAAGCGGAUGAUUCUGAACAUUUCUGUGGAGAGUCUCGACGGAGUGAGUCGCAUUGAGCCCGAAGGAGGCUGGAAGAACAAGUCACUCAAGUACCACAUCAGAGUCAGUUGUACGGUCUGCAAAAUAGAGCUCUUCGACUUGUAUAAUGGGAAUAUGGUUCCUUUGUAUUUGUCUGCUGCUUCUUGGUCAAGGGGACUAGAUGGUAUUGGAUAUCAUAGACCUCUAACUUGCCCUGUAUGCAAAGGCCACGGUGGUUUGAGGAUUCUGAGAAGAGGAGGGAAACCCAUGGUGGAUGAAGGAGAGGCGAUGCCGGUGAUGGAGGUGCAGGUUGUAGGCAACUUUCGGGUGCACAAGGAUAUCAAAUUGUUCUAUUUUGGGUGGAUGUGUAGAAAGGAUGAUGAUGACUACGACGAUGAUGAUGGCAGUGGGGCGUUAUUUGGGCCUUUUCAUGUCGACAGAAAGGGGAACUAUGCGUUCAAAUAUAUAGUGAAUGUUGAUGACGAUGAUGAUGAAGAAGACGAAGAAGUGAUUCUGCAAAUCAAAGGGCUAAAAGGAUCUUUGGAGCUCACAGAAUGGGAAGAAGAGGUAGAGGGACUCAAGAUCAAGUGUAUGUCUCGGUUGGAUUCGGAUACGGAUUCCACCGAUUCUGAUGAGUGAUUAGUUCAGGUGUUAGCUAGCUAGUUACUGCUGAUCUCCCAACUAUAGAUGUCGAUAUGCCAUGUGAAAUGUUUUUAAGACUGAUCUAAGUUUUGUUAGGUGGUUGGACCAAUCGUUUAAUUUACGCUUCGUCAAUGUU